AUGGCGGAGCCGUUAGGAUCUUCCAAAUUCACUGCAUACGAAAACAGUGGAAACAAUGAACUUCAGGAAGAAAAUGGAGAUGAGCAAACAGAAUCCCUGGAGGAAAUGGUUUUAGAUCUAAUCGAUGAAGAGAAUGUGCACGGUAAUGGAUACGAGCGUCGUUCGGAUGAUGAAAACUUUGUUAUUGAAGAUCCAAAAUAUGAUGAUUUCGAAUUAGAAACUCCUCCACACGGUAAAAACAAUCUUUAAUACCGACUUCCAAUUCAGAUACAAAAUUGUCUUCCUUUGUGCCCCCAAACCGCCGUGCAGAUGCUCCGCUAUGCGGGAUUCUAGCAGAUGAACAUCAACAUAUUGAUCCAAGGUAAGACAUUUUCCAAACGAUGUUUGAUUCAUUUUAGAUUGUACUCGGCCGACUUUCGGUUUGACGCCCCUUUAAGAUUUUCCCGCGUUUUUGGCGUGAAUCCGAAAACAUUAUCUCAAAAUCUUAUUUGGUGGCCUUCGAAAACUUUCAAGAAGAAGACAGAACAGCGGCCAGCAAGUCCUUUAUCCUUUCCGAAAAAGAAGGAUUGUGUAAUUGAUCAGACACAGUUGUUGUUGGAUCCGGAGCUUGAAAAGAAAUUGAAUAAGAAGGGUAAAACUGGCGAGGAGGAUGAUGAAACCCCAGCCUGGCGAUUUGGCCCAGCUCAAAUCUGGUACGAUCGCAUGGGAGUACCGGAGAAACCAAAAAAGUUUGAUUACGGGUUUAAGGUGCAAAAGGUAACUUUUACCAUUCGUUAGAAUUUGUUUUUUAGGGAAAUAAAAAACCGUAUAAUCUGUUCGAAAUCCCUGAUGAAAAUCUAUUGCCUGUAAACUUCACUCGUUGGGAGGACGAUAUUAUUAUGGAUAUCUCACAGAAAGGACCAACUGAUUUUAAGAUGGAUCAAGUUCCGAAGUAUGGUUGGGUGUCCACAGUGAAUACCAGAACGCACAAGCUUUAUCGAAGUUGUUGUGAGUUUUUAUUAGUGUUGCAUAUAGUUCUAGGGUCCGACGAAUUUAGCCCGAAGACUUUGGAUGAAUUGCAACAGAAAGUGAAGCCAGAGGUUGAAGAUGUCUUUGGUCCUGAUACUAGUCGGUCAAUGUUUCCGUUGGUUAGCGAGGAGGUAGAGUAUACUGCCUGGGAGAACGAUAUUAUCAUCGAUCCAGAUAAUAUGCCGAUUGUUUUUGGUCCGUCUUUGUAUUCUUCCCUUGAAACUUGACUGAUUUUAGAACCGAAGACACUUACUGUAAUGUAUGAUGAAGAUCCCAUGGUCUACGGAAUGCCAGAAGACGUUCCAUCCGAUGACAGGAAAGAAGACCGUCAUGUGGACAAGAGGGUAACUAGGCAUUUUUUUGAAAUUAUUUCUUUUUAGGAUCAGCAAUUUACAAAGAAGUCCAAAAUGAUAUUGGGACAAGUUCAGAGACGACAAAAACAGGAAGAAGAAGAACAACUGGAAAGCACGAUUGCUCAAAUCGCGGACAAAGACCCGUUCAACAUGAGUAACGACGAUUAUUAUUUUCCGAAGAAUACGCAGAGGUCGAUGAAUGGAGCAAAUAUUCAACAUUCGAUUCCCGCUCAGAACAUUCACCGCGCUUUCUUCCCCACGAAUCUGAAUUCUUUCAAGCUCAGACAUCUACAUCGGAUGCCAGUGAUGAAGAAAGUCAUGCGAGAUAUGCUGAAUCAGCCUUUGCCAGUACAUAAUCUGGUUAGACAUAUCCGGAAAGCAGAUGAACAGCGACGGAAACAGAAGAUGGCCGAAGGUGGUGGGGAUAUCUUUUACAUGAGGACAUUGAACGAUCUCUCUGGAAGGGAUGGAAAGUUGUUGUUAAUCGAGUACUCCGAAGAGCACCCGCCACUUCUUAGCCAGCCUGGUAUGGCCUCGAAGAUACGAAAUUAUUACCGAAGGAAAACUCAAAAAGAAACCGAACCGACUUUGGAGUUUGGAGAAUCCGCGUUUGCAAUGAAUGCCCAAUUUCUGGGUAAUUUGGCACCUGGACAGUGUUUGCAAGCAAUAGAGAACAACAUGUAUAGAGCCCCUAUUUAUCAGCAUCGACCCGCACAUACGGACUUUUUACUUAUUCGAAACAAAUACGGGUUGUUCCUGCGCGAAUGUCCGUCACUAUUUGUGGCCGGACAAGAAUGCCCGUCGUUCGAAGUACCCAGUCCAAACUCCAAAAAGGCUUCUGUGUUUGUCAGAGAUUUCCUUUUGGUAUGUCUCUUGCUUCACAUAGUAUUGCUUUAUAGGCAUUUAUCUACCGGCUGUUUUGGGCCAGUGAUCAACAGCCUCGCCGUUUAAAAAUGGACGACAUUAAGAAUGCAUUCCCCCAUUAUGCCGAAAGUUCAGUCAGGAAGCGGCUGAAACAAUGUUCUGAUUUUAAACGACUUGGAGCUGGAACGGAACAGAAUUAUUGGGUUGUCCGAGACGAUUUUAGGUUGCCCAGCAAAGAGGAAGUUUUAAGCAUGGUUACCCCUGAAAUGUGUUGUGCCCAAUACAGUAUGAUGUCGGCCGAACAAAGAUUGAAAGACGCCGGUUAUGGAGAAAAAUAUUUUUUCACGCCGGAAAACGAUGAUGACUCCGACGAUCAAGUUACUAUUGAAGAUGAGGUUUGUGGCAUUCCGAAUUGAGUACAUUCUUUUUUAUCUUGAUAUUUUAGAUCAAAUGUGCGCCUUGGAAUACGUCACGUGCAUUUAUUGCGGCAACAAAGGGAAAGUGUUUGCUGGAUCAGACCGGAGUUGCUGACCCGACUGGUUGUGGACAAGGGUUUUCUUAUGUUCGAGUCUCAGCCAAACCACAAAAGGAAGAUGUCCCCCAAAUUCCUAAACGCCUUGUCACCGGUACAAAUGCGGAUCUCAGGAAACUCCCUUUGAAAGAGGCUAAGGAAAUUUGUCGGUCCUACGGAGUUAAGGAAGAAGAGAUAAAUUCGUUGUCACGGUGGGAAAUAAUCGACGUUAUCAGGACCCUUUCCACACAAGCAGCAAAGGCACGGUCAGACUUUAGUGGGGCAGGUAGGUGAGGCAAAUCUGAAGAAAGCUUGCGGCGUGCCCAUUUAUACAGAAUGUUUUAAGUAAUUCGGCGGAGCGUUUUCGUCGAUUCGUUGGCGCUCAGCAAAGAUAUCCAAAAAAUUAUUUUUAGAGUAGAAAGAACAAGAUGGACUUUUUUUUUUUGACUAUAAAGAGUUUUUUCCACCGGCGUGGAGUGGCGUAUUCGGAUGAGACUUUUGAUCGCCUUUUGAUCAUCACACCAAUCUUAAACGCUUUAUUAUGACUGAUGGUUGAAAAGAGGAUAUUUGCAUAUGUUUAUGCUUAUCAAGCAUUCGGCGAAGAUAUGGCGGGCGCUUGCCACAUCGGCGAAGUCCAUAACUCAGCUUUUUAAGAAACGGCCCAGCACAAUUCUUAUGGUCUGGCUAACAUUCCCUGCUGGCAUCGUAUGCCCUCCAAAAUUUCGUCGCCAAGCCUCGGCGGACGUUUAGCCGUCGGGCGAACCACUUGGUAUACCAGAAACCAACAAAAAAAAUCGUUUAAAGCUUUCCGCGGAGUUUCUUGAAACACGCUGUAUAGUUGAGAUUAACAAGGUUAUCAUUCCAGACGAUAAGUAGUAGCCGAACUUUUUAUUGCAGGUAUGUCCCGAUUUGCCCGCGGAAACAUGAAGAUCAACUUUGCCGACAUGCAAGACAAGUACAAAAAGUAUUGCCAGAAUGUGUUUGACCUUCAGAACCAAGCUCUCUCCUGUGAAGAUCCGGUGAGUACCGAUGAAGGAUCUGACAAUGAAGACUCGGAUAACGAAGAUAUGGCUAGUCGAUUGGAAAAAAUACUGGACGGAAAUGAAAAAACGGCCUUGCCGAAGACAAUGAGACAUCAGGCGGAGAUGGAAGACGAAGAAAAGGAGAGGUUAGCUCUUCAGAAGUUAAUCAAGGGAACCUCCAACAAGGCAUCAGAAAAGCCUCCGCAGAAACCUGAGGUUAGUCAGACUCAGCCAGGACCUUCUGUUCCUAGAAAACUAAAGAUUUACAGAACUGUUAAAUCCUCAGAGGGAGUUGAAUCGGUAAGCUUUAGUGAUAUUAUUACAUAACAAUUUUAGACUCGGGUUGAGGUUAUUAACAAUCCCCAUGUUAUCGACGCCUAUCUGCGGGUUCGUCACAAUCACGAUUUGGCUUGGAUAAAAGUGUAUGCAGAAAUGGAUGAGCAAUACAAGGAGGUACUUAUUAUAACGCCUUUUUUUCUUUGCCCAUCGGUUGAUGCAAAAAGUUACUUUUAGGAAAGAAGGAAAGAAAAGCGACGGCUGCAGGAUCAGCUUAGAAGAAUUAGGAGGAAUGAACUAAGGCAAAAGAUGCACACUCAGAUUGGUCGACCACCGAAGAAGAAGCCCGAAAAAGAAAAGAAACCUGUCCCAAUAAAGCCAAGUUUGCAAAAGAUGAGAUGCAGUGCAUGUGGAGGGAAUGGCCACAUGAAGACCAAUAAGAACUGCCCUCUUUAUGGGAAGGAUAACAAAGCCGAGAAAACUGUUGGAGACCUCUUGGUAAAAAGUUUUAUUUGACUUUACAGGGUGCGGCAAAAAAUGGAAACUUAUUUUAAUUUUUAUAUUUUUUCUAACAAUUAAAAUUCCGCAAAAGUAACGGUCAUCAUCAGUAACAUAGAGCAUUAUUUAUAACAUAUUGGUCUCAUUUCAGAGUGGCUGCCUUUGGUGGCGAUAUAGAGCUCCAAACGUAACUUAAAAUUUUUGGAAUGAACUCGGGAAAAUCGGGUUCGUUCCUUGUCUUGAUUCGCUUUUGCCUUGUGAGCCUGCGCUGAGUCUAGUUGGAACGCUAAAUUUACAUUUCCAAGGUUCUGCUGAACCAACGGAAGUACGAAGAAAUCGAGAUUAACGCGGCGCUAGAAUUUUGCGGGUUCCUGGGCUUUUUGGGUGGGCACUUUUCGGGGAUGAGUAGGAAAUUGUAAAAUCAGAUGCUACUGAUGACGCAACAUUGUAAAUAAUUUUUAAAAACUUCUUCGUCCGUUUUUGGGGUUUCCGACAAUGGACAAUUCAAAUGUGUACUCGUAGCACUAACGACAAAGAAUUAUCAAGAAUUUAUUUUAGAAUGCGAGCAGUCAAAGUGUGGAUUUGGAAGAUCUGAGUUUGGCCAGCGGAGAACUGUUCGAACUCGAGGGUACCAGACUCAAAGUCUCUACCAAAUUUUUUAAGCAUGCUGAACAGCAAGACAAGAUGCCAUUGAAGUAGGUGUUUUAUAACUAUAAAAAAUGAAUUAUAGACUGCGAAUUCCUCGUCACUUAACCCAAGGUCAGAUGACAAACUCUCCAGAAAAUUUGAAGUCUCUCGAUUUGAUUGAGGAGGAAUCCUUGGCAGGUCCCUCGAGUCGAAUUGAUUUGCCUUCUCCGGCUUCGACUGUGGCUAGCCAGUCCACAAAGAGAAGUAGACGGAAGCUCAAUUUGGAUGACACCGAUUAUUUAAUGGGUCCUCAGAAAUCAGUUCAUAGAAGACGAGCCGAUCCGCGUGUGUCUAUGUCCAGUCUGUUGUUGGAUGUCUUUAAUGAAAUCAAGGGAUUGGAAGGCGUAGACCCAUUGAUGCAACCUGUGAACCCCAAAUUGGUAUGAAAUAUUUUUUCCGACCCAUUAGACCAUUUUUAGGUGAAAGAUUAUUAUGAUAUUAUCGCCAAUCCUAUUGAUCUCCAAAAGAUACGGAAAAAAAUAAAUGAUAACAGGUAUGAACUUCGACGACAGUUUAUGACCGAUCUGGUGUUACUUUUGGAUAACGCGAAGAAAUACAACGGGCCAGUUCAUCCGAUAACAAGUGCUGCCAACCGAGUAUUUGAGCUUGCUUGUCGUCGGAUAGCGGAUCACGAACAUCGAUUGAUCGAAUUGGAGAAAGCGAUUAAUCCUUUGUUGGACGACAAUGAUAUGGUCGGCUUUUCUUAUAUUCUUGGUGAUAUUGUGCAAAGUUGUAAAAAUCUCCCAAAGAGUGCCGCAUUCCAUACAAAAGUGGAUACAAAGAAGGUUAGUUGCGCAUUGCUAGAAUUUAUGACAAAAAUUUUCAGUUACCUAAUUAUUUGGAAAGAGUUCAACGCCCUAUGGACCUAGGUACGAUCGAACAGCUAGUCAAGGAGAAGACUUAUAAGAACAUUGACACUUUCCUCACUGAUGUAAAACAAGUAAGUUGCUCCUGUUGGGGGGGCAAGUUGUGGAGCUCUUAGUUUCUGUAAUGACACAGGGACUUUUUCUAGAUCUACGACAACAGUGCUAUUUUUAACGGGCCGGAAUCUCCCUACACUCUCAAGGCGAAGGAUAUUUACGAACAUGCAAAAGCACUGAUAAUGGAAAAGGAGGUCCAUCUGUUGGAGUUACAAGGGCGGAUCGCACAAACCGAGGCCAAGGAGAGCAAUUCUAUAUCCGAUAUUGAUGAUGACGCCACCAGGGACUCCUUUAUCCAACCUAUGGACGAUUCUCAAUGUCCACCGAUGUUUCCUGAUGAGGAAUCGAUGGAUGCCUGGAGUAAUUUGGAUCUCAGCAACAGUAAGAUGAAUCAAGAAGGUCAAUUGAAUGCGGAUCUGCAACUCAGUGACACUGACUCCGAAGACGAAGGUGGUGCUCUGGCCAAAAGGAUGCGGGUUGAUGACGAUCUGGAUACUUUAUAA